AUGAAUAGGGAGCUGAUCUCAGAGGUCACAGAAGAGGAGAUUAGAAAAGCAGUCUUCAGUAUGGGCAGUCUCAAGGCUCCUGGACCAGAUGGCCUGAAUGGACUGGUCAUAGUGUUGAGGCUGAAAGGGCUCCUCGAGGAUAUAGUGUCCCCAACUCAAAGUGCAUUUGUGGGAGGAAGACUCAUACAAGAUAAUGUAAUAAUUGUCCAAGAAGUUUAUCAUAGCCUAAACAAGAAAGGAAGAGAGGGAUCACAAAAUAUAGCAAUCAAGUUGGAUAUGAAUAAGGCUUAUGAUAGGUUAGAAUGGGAUUUCCUCGAAAAGGUGCUCAUGAAACUCAAGUUCACCGAAAAAUGGGUUGAAUUGGUAAUGAAAUGUGUCAGAAGUGCAAGUUAUAGGGUAAAGGUCAAUGGAGAGUUAUCGAAGAAGAUCAAGCCUCAGAGGGGUCUUCAACAAGGGGAUCCAUUAUCCCCCUAUCUUUUCAUUUUAGCAGCUGAGGUAUUCACGAUUCUAAUGUAG